AUCACAUUGCAUCGUUUGGAGCGGGUACAUUAGCAACCAGGGAUCAAUCAGCGACAUGAUGCUGCAAUUACUGAAAUAUCUCACGGCGAUCGCCACCCUGGGGCUCAGCCAUGCUUCAGGCCCAGGCCCCGCAGCAAUCAGCACGAUCGAUGGCUGCACUCUCGCGGCCUCGGACUGCAUGGCCUUGGCGGCUCUGGAAUUGGACGGGUCCCUGACCUUCCGCGACACGAGCUUCGCCGCCGUGGAUUUUGGCCACAUCGUCAGCGCGCGCCCUGCGGCGGUGCUGCACCCGGGCUCGACUCGCGACAUCGCCAAGCUCGUUCGAUUCGUGUACGCCUCGAGCUCCAAUGUGAGCAUCGCCGCGAGGGGAGUGGGCCACUCGGCCAAUGGGCAGGCGCAAGUGCUCAACGGGAUCGUCAUCGACAUGUCAGACCUCAGAGGCUCGCGAGUGAGCGCGCGCGGGGCGUUCGUCGAGGCCGCGGGCGGCGAAUUGUGGAUCGACGUGCUGCGCGCGAGCCUGGCCAAGGGCCUGGCGCCGAGGUCGUUCCUGGACUACCUGCAUCUGAGCGUCGGUGGGACCCUGUCCAAUGGCGGCAUCAGCGGGCAGACGUACUUCUGGGGUCCGCAGAUCUCCAAUGUGCUGCAGCUCGAGGUCGUCACGGGCACAGGCGAGCUCGUCACUUGCUCCAGGCGGACGCGCUCGGAUCUCUUCUUCGCAGUGCUCGGCGGGCUGGGCCAAUUCGGCAUCAUCACCAAGGCGCGCAUCAAUCUGCAGCCCAGCGCCACGCAUGUGCAUCACGUCCAUGCGCUCUACGCCGACUUCGCCUCGUUCCAGCGCGACCAGCUGCGCCUCAUCUCGCUCCAGCAGCAGCGCAAGGCCAUCGCCUCCUUCGAGUACAUCGAGGGCCAUCUCGUCACGAACUCCGACAGCCUCGUCAACGGAUUCAGCUCCGUGCCAUUCGAGGGCCAGACGGUGAAUGUGAAUCUGCUGCCAUCCCCCGGCAACGCGUCCGUUCUGUACUAUCUGGAGCUCGCCAAGAGCUACAACAUCGCGCUCGAGUCGCCUGCCUCCGUGCACGAGCAAGUGAGCCAGCUGCUGGCGCCGCUGGCCUUCAUUCCGUCGCAGGUCUUCACGAGGGACGAGCCUUUCGUGGAUUUUCUGGACCGAGUGCACACCGGCGAGCUGACGCUGCGAGCGGCCGGCUUGUGGGAAAUUCAGCACCCGUGGUCGACUCUGUUCGUGCCGGCCAGUGCCAUGGCGACAUUCGAGCGCACGGUUCUGAGAACCGUCGAUGUGAGUACCUUCAAUGGUCCUGUCAACAUCUUCCCUGUGAACCGGAACAAGUGGGACCCCCAGAUGUCGGCCGUGACCCCGGACGAGGACAUAUUCUUCACUGUCUCGUUCCUGAAUUCCGUGGGCGCCGGACAGGGCCCGACUUUGAAGGCCUUGGUCGACCGCAAUUCUCAAGCCUGGCAGGCUUGUGAGAGACUCGGGUGCAAGCAGUUCUUUCCGACUCACACCUCGCGUGCCGACUGGGAGGCUCACUUUGGCGCCAAAUGGGCUAAGUUUGUUCUGAACAAGAGGAGGUUCGAUCCCAAAGCCAUGUUAUCCCCGAAACAGAACAUCUUCACACGAGGGCAGACAUUCCCGUUCCUAUUAUGAUCACCAGCACCAGCAUCUGUCCUUCAAACACCCCACACUCUCUCACUCUCUCACUGGCGCUCAACCGAGCACUGGCUGCGCAUUAUAUUAUAGGCUAGAUAUGUCCACAGCUGGGUUAGCAAGGUGCAAACGCAAUGCAACCCUCUAGAGGACUAGCAACUACUCUGUAGCUCUUCGGUUCCAACUGGUGUUCGUGAACAUCCGAUUCAUCUGUACUUCUUUCUCAUCCUUCCGAAAAUCUGUCCGAAAUAAAAGCCAACACUUCGAUCAUG